GUCAAAGUUCCCAAUGUUGAUUGUUGAUAUUAUUUGCGUGCAGAUGAGUGGCUGCUGCUGCUGAUAAGACUAUGGGAAAUCAGUGAUUUGUAAUAAGUUUUUUAAAUAAUAUAAAAACACUAUUUUCUAAUUAUUUAAAUAGAAAGUAUGGCGUCGGUAUCUGAGAGUGCCGACAGUGCCCAUACCAAAAAGCCCUCUGAUAGUGCAUUUAAACAACAAAAACUCCCAGCAUGGCAGCCAAUCCUUACAGCGGGAACAGUCCUACCGACCUUCUUUGUUAUAGGAAUAGCAUUUAUACCAGUCGGCAUCGGUUUACUAUACUUUUCAGAUGAAGUGAGAGAGCACAUCAUCGAUUACACCAAUUGUAAUAAAAUUAAUGAGACAACUGGCAACGAAACCGGUCAGACAUGCAUGGACUGGUUAAAAACCAACAAGACUCCCGCGGCAACUUGCCAUUGCAAAAUUAAGUUUUCUUUAAAAGAAAACUUUGAUAACAGGGUUUUCAUGUACUAUGGACUAACAAACUUUUACCAGAAUCACAGGAGAUAUGUAAAAUCGAGAGAUGAUAAUCAGCUGUUGGGCAAUCUGGCUCCAACGCCUGCACACGAUUGUAUGCCUUUUGACUAUAGCAGUGAGAAUAAUAAUGUUAAAAAGCCCAUCGCCCCUUGUGGAGCUAUUGCCAAUUCUAUGUUCAAUGAUGUUCUAAGCCUGUCAGAGUCUUCUGGAAAUGGUUACCAACCAGUAACUCUUCUUAACACGGGAAUAGCAUGGGAUUCAGAUAAAAACAUCAAAUUCCGAAACCCUCCGGGAGAUAAUUUAACGAAAGCGUUUGAUGGUUUCGCCAGACCGAAGGCCUGGAAAAAAGACAUUUGGGAUCUGGAUCCGAGUAAUCCAGAUAAUAACGGCUUCCAGAAUGAAGAUUUAAUUGUUUGGAUGCGGACAGCCGCUUUGCCGACGUUCCGCAAGUUAUAUAGAAGGAUUGAGAGGACGUUGGAGAAAGGAGAUUAUCUGCUUACAGUGGAAUACAAUUAUGAUGUUAGUACUUUUGACGGAUCAAAACAAAUGAUCCUGAGCACCACCUCGUUGCUCGGAGGUAAAAAUCCCUUCUUAGGGAUCGCCUAUAUCGUGGUCGGAGUGAUUUGUUUGGUACUGGGAAUCGCGUUACUUUUGAUCCAUAUUAAAUGCGGAAAAAGCACUAGUGAAAUGAUCAACGUAAACCCUCGAACGCCAUAUCAGUAGUGAAAACAAUCUUUGAAUAGUUACUACGGCUUCAAAUAUACAGAGUGCGACUUAAUAAAAUGGGACACUCUGUAUACAUUUACUAUGUAGGCUUAAAAUUAAUAUUUUUGUUAUUGAUUGUUGUACUUUCCAGUAUUAAAUGAUAUAAUAUGUUAAUUUAUACCAUGAUUUAUUUAUAUGUGUUUUAGCACCUGCAAAUUUUAACGGCAAAGUUAUAUUUUAUUGAAAGUGAUAAUAUACCUCUAUUAGAUUUAAUUAAAAAAUAUAUAUUUAA